ACAAAAACAAUUUAUUAUGACAAUUAAAUUCAAGAAAAGUUUUUACACGGCUAUUUUUAAUUUUUUUAUACUGUAUACAUAAUGGCGCGAAAAGAAGAACCUAAAAUACAACCCAACAAUGAAUUGGAACAGAAAAUUAUAGAAGCGUUUGAAGUAUUUGAUCAUUCUGGAAAACAAGUUGUGGACGUUAGAGAAAUUGGGACAAUACUGCGCUCCUUAGGUUGCUGUCCAACGGAGGCCGAAGUGCAAGAAGUUAUUUUAGCGACUGAAAACAAAGAAGCGACCGGCAACGUACCGUUGAUAAACUUUUUGCCUUACAUGUGCAAAGCAAUGAUAGAACAUAGAUUUUAUCCUGCAAGUGCUGAGAUAUUACUUGCCGCAUUUCGAUACUUCGAUAAAGACGGUCGUGGUUAUCUUACUAAAGAAAGAUUUACUCAGUUGAUGCUAGAGGAAGGAGAACCAUUCUCACAGGAGGAAUUCGAUGAAAUGAUGCAAACAGCAUUGGAUCCCGUGACCAGCAACAUCACUUAUGAAUAUUACAUCAACCAACUUAUGGUUGCACCAAAACAUGUUUACGAAAUAGCUGAUAUGUUUGAAGAGGAGAGAAAAAAAUUGGAGGCAGCAGCACCUAAGAAAAAACGAGCUUCGGAACUGUUGCGAGAAGCACAAAAAUGAUACACAGAAAAAGUCGAUGAUGAAAUUGGCAACUCAACUGAACCAUCAAAAUAAAGAAAAACUUUCUAAAUUACUGUCGGAUAUAAAUAAAUUUUUACUUAAUUUUUAAUUCCUACCCUCUACUGUUUUAGAGUUUAGUUUGUCCACAAAAAGAAACAAGCAUAACUCACGCCUAACCCAGAGGGGCAGGCAGAGUCCACUUCUAUUUGGCGUGAUGAAUCACGGCAAUUCACUUGACGCCCUUCGUCCACAAUAUAUUUUUGAAAUGAAAAGAGGGCAAACAAGCAC